UUCGUGCUGGCUUUUCCUUUUCAGCCCCAUCCUCACACCCAUCGGCCUGUGACGAUCUGGAUAGACUAGUUCUUUCUCCCCUGGGUUGUUGUUAUACGGCUUUCCAAAGAUAAACACUGUAUUUUAUAUGAUUGGGUUCCACUUGUGUGUUUGGCUUGAUUUUUUUUUCCUUGUGUGUGCAUAUAAUGGAAUUUUUGUUUUGACCAAAAAGCAUGCUCGCCUCUGCGUGGUGUUUGUUGAUUCAUACUUGUGUACGGAGUACUUCGUGCCUAUUCAAGUUUUCAUACUUACACCAGAUGAGAAGGAACAGAUAACGACACAACCUAUAACAGACCAAAUACAGCAUGAUGGGCAACAGCGCGGUAGCAAGCCACAGGCAGGGUGCGGCACCGGGGAGUCAAAACACGCUGAGAUAGAUACACGAGGAGACCACUUUAUACCUUAUGGUGGUCAUAACUUGAGCAUGGCCUGCUAUUAAAGGCUCUUGGCCGAUAUGCUCGACUCGCGCUCACUGAGCAGCGCCCUGGA